AUGGGCAAGCUGAACUGGGACCCCACUGCAAUCAACCCCUUUACCGGAAACGCGUUUGAGGAUGAGGAUCCCGAGAACCUUGCCAGGCUGGAGGAAAUGUCUUUCCAAGCCGCCAUACAGCUGAGUCUCGAGACCAGCCAGGAGAGGAACAAGAGGGACAAGCCAACCGACCUCCCGAAGCGCAAGUUCAAGACCGAGGAGAUUGAGGAGGACGAGAAGAAGCGGGACAGGGAGCUGUAUGGACCGCCGACUCCCCCGCGCCGGCAGCGACAGAUUGACUCCAUGGGCACAAACGAGGGUUCCUCGGCCAACGCGACUCCCACUGCAGGUGGUACCAACAACCCGUCCUCUCGCAAGGGCGCUGCCAAGAAGCCCCAGGAGGCUGCCACUGCCGAUGACCACAACGCCAGCAGCCAGCCCGGCAUCUUCAUCCCGAAGGCCAUCGUCGACAAGCUCCCCAGGAAUGUGAGGAGCGCCGUCGCCGACGCGGUGAUCUACCACCGACAGCUGGUAACCGCGCAGGCUGCGAGGGAUAUCGUCGGCGUGAUGAUGAAGUACAACAAGCACGACGACCACCACGACGACCACCACGACGACGACGCUGGCAAUUCCGCACGCCCUGAGACCUCGCCCGCGCCUCGAGGCAAUGGCCUCGUGCCCAGCCUCGCCGGCCAGGGCUUCGCCGGUGCGGCGGCUCGCAAUCCCAACAAGAGAGAGCCCAACCACAGAGAGCCCAAUCACGCAGAGCGCAUGGCUAUCAUCCGUGCCGCCCUCAAUGAUCCGAACUCCAGCCUUUCGAUCGCUAUGCAGGAGGAGGGCCGAUUCAUCCGCGGCGCAGAGGCGCAGCAGGCGCCGACGCCUCCUUAG